UCUUGUCUUGAGAUCAUUAUAUUUCAAGUCAGUUCUAAUUUGGUUAAUUAAAUAUUUCAGCCACAAAAUUUUCGUAGCCUCACAAAUCCAAUCUACCGUACCGUGAUCAUUAAUUCAGUACUCGCGGUUUAUUGUAGGCGAUUCGCACUUAGCGUGUUUCUUUCCUCUCUUAUUAAGUUUUCAUAGGCAAAUCGCUCAAACUUUCGGUGGGGGUCCAGACAUAUCAUGAUGGUCAAUUAGACCUAUUAUCUGGAUAAGUUAGACUUAUCAUAACAGCCAUUCAUGUGUACGUUAAUUACCAUGUGAAAUUUAGCCAGAGAUAAUUUUCGUUUGCUUUUUACAAUUUCUUUAUUCAAUUUUCCUUAUGAAAAGAGCGCCACUUUAAAACAUCUUGUGUAAUCACUCACUUCUUGGGGUAAACUUAUUUGAGUUUGCCCCAAGAAGUGAGUGAAUACCUUAAAAUAUAUUCUUAUUAAUUCAACUUCAUUUUGAAAAGGAAGGACAGGUUGAUAAUAAAAUAUCAUAAACAUUAGGUUUCCAGGUCAAAGUAACUUAGUAACCAAAAUAACACGCAGCAUGCAGCGUGCACGUCUUCGCCGAGAAUAUAGCCGCAUGAAAAGAGCGCCACCUUGAAACAUCCUGUGUACUCACUCACUUCUUGGGGCAGAUAUUCACAUUUGAGUUUGCCCCAAGAAGUGAGUGAAUACCUUAAAAUAUAUUUCUUUUCAAUUCAAGCCUAUUUUGAAAACGAAGGACAGUUUGAUAAGUAAAAUAUCAUAAACAUUAGGUUUCCAGGUUAAAAUAACCUAGUAACCAAAAUAACACGCAGCAUGCAGCGUGCACGUAUUUACCGAGAAUGUAGCUGCAUGACUGGUAAGGUUAUACCUCCAUCUAUAAAGUUCCAACAUGGCUGACAGGGGAGGACCUCUCCACAACCUUGAAGAAAAGAAACAGUUCCUGUUUAGUUACAGGAAACAGAUAGCAAGGGGACGUAAAUUCAUUAGAAGUGGCAAUAAACGACAGGCCAUUGUUAGGAGUGUCGUCAAAGGGAAGAUCAAGCCGUUCGAUCCAAGAGUAUACGAACGGCUCAUGAAAGGAGAGAUAACGGAAACAGAUAUAAAAUGCGAUUUUUGGUACGAUGAAAACGGCACUAUUACUCCACAUUUACCAGGUUUAAGUACUUUUACCAAUAUAAGAGACAUGCCACCCUUUUUAAGAGAGAGACCUGAAGAGUUGUGGCAGCUGGACAGAAACAGUCCUUUUCCUGAAGAAGUAGAUAUAGUUGUCUUCGAAGAUCAGUGGUGGAAAGGAUACAUAAAGCCAAAGGGAGACCUUGGUACCUCUGUUACAAGGGAUAAUCUUAUUGAGAUGCUGAGCUGCCUUCCCUGGAAGAAGUAUUCUGAAUAACCAGGGGCUAGCCACAAACCGAAAAAAAAAGAAUCCCUUAGAAGCCGAAUAUAAGUAGUAAAAUUAGAUAUUCGAUUUUGGGUAGUUAUCUAGAGAGACAAAAGCAAUUAUCCGCAAAUGCACAAUAGGGAAAAACAUCGUUGUUUCAUUUAAAUUCAAAUGUUCCAAAUUGUUGAUCUGGUAAUUUAAAAGAAGGGCUGUAGCUAGUGUUACUACUGGUAAUCAUAUUAUGGACUGCACUUCAAUUUGCCCUGAGACGAAACUUUGGGAGCUUACAUUAUUCUAUAUUUCACAAUUGCGAGAAAAAGUGUGAACAAAUAUCGAGAGAUCAAAGAGCUAAUGGUUUUUCCUUUGGUCCGCCUCAGGACAAAAACGAGCAAGAUACGAUUCCUUUACAUUAUAAAGGAUAGAUAUGUUUUUCUCUGGAUUCACGAUCAAUGUUUGAUUGGUUGUUCGAUUGUUCACAAUACAUCAGACAAGAUUAUUAUUUUAUCGCUUGGUUAGUUCAUGGGCUAUCAUCAGUUCAAUUAAGCGGGAGGUAUUUCACUGAUUGGCCCCUGAAUUGUUUGAAAUGAAAUCUUUUUGAACUCAGGAAUAAAAAUAAAUUUUAUUAUAUUCCUUUAUAGCGUUACAAGCACAGCUUGCUUUCUUUCCCAGUUCUCCAAAUAAACAAGUCAUUCUUGAUUCUUAAUAAAGCAAACAUUUUGCCAUGUAAUAAAUCCUUUCUUUACCAUGCUCGUUCGGUCAAGGUGGCUAGAUAUUGACGUCAAACUCGGUCAGUAGGAGGUAUUCUUACCUCGAUAAAAAUAUGACCAUAUUUAGUCAGACUUUGUCUCAAAGGUAUAAAGGCUUAUUUUGGUUAAAUGUAUUAAUCAUUCU